GGCACUGCUUAAACAUCCCCGCGACCGCCUGCCGGAGACAGUUACUGCGCGCGCCACACCACGAGGGCAUCCGUCUCCUUUUCUCUUGCUGCGUAACACACAAUACAGUACGGAUUUAAUGCAAAACGAAAUUUUGCAUCACGCAGUGGUUUUCCAUCUCGCCCAUGAGACAAACUUGGGGAAUAUUUAAAGAUGAACCUGCCGUGGACACUUAAAACACUUGAACCCACACAGAAGCGGUGUGUUCUGUGAAUGCUGAAAAAAAAGCCCAGUUACAGGUGGGAUGUCAUAAUCAGUGCGACACAGAGAGACUGAGGUGUCAUGGACUCGUGGAUCUUCCCGUCAUCCCCUCCGAACCUGUCGGAGCACCUCAUGUACGACAGCUUCAUGCAGGACAAUGAGUCCAUCCCCCACGGGAACUACACAGACCACAGCUUCAACAGAACCAGCACGGUGGUCAUCACCUGCAUGUACUUUCUGGUUUGUGCUAUGGGGCUGUGUGGAAACGCUCUCGUCAUCUAUGUCAUUCUGCGCUACGCCAAGAUGAAGACAGUUACUAACAUCUACAUCCUCAACUUGGCGGUGGCUGACGUGCUCUUCAUGCUUGGCCUGCCGUUCAUUGCCAUCCAGUUGGCCCUGGUCCACUGGCCUUUUGGGCCUGUGCUAUGCAGGGUUGUGAUGACCGUCGACUCCCUCAACCAGUUCACUUCUAUCUUCUGCCUGAUGGUCAUGAGUAUUGACCGCUACUUGGCUGUGGUGCAUCCCAUUAAAUCCACAAAGUGGAGGAAGCCACGCAUGGCCAAGACUAUCAAUCUGGCAGUGUGGGGGGUGUCGCUGAUGGUUAACCUGCCAAUUGUUAUUUACAGUGGUGUAAUUACAAAGCAUGAUGGCUGCUUCUGCACCAUCGUAUGGCCUGAACCUCAAGAGGCUUACUACACAGCAUUCAUGUUCUACACAUUCAUUCUAGGCUUCUUCCUGCCCCUCAUGGUCAUCUGCCUUUGCUACCUGUGCAUCAUCAUCAAGGUGAAGUCUUCGGGCAUCCGUGUGGGCUCCUCCAAGAGGAAGCGCUCAGAGAGGAAAGUCACCCGGAUGGUGUCCAUCGUGGUGGCAGUGUUUGUUUUCUGCUGGCUGCCUUUCUACGUUUUCAACGUCACAUCAGUGACGGGCACCAUCAGCACCACCCCGAUUCUGAGAAGUACCUUUGCAUUCGUGGUGGUUCUAGGAUAUGCCAACAGCUGUGCUAACCCCAUCCUUUAUGCCUUCUUAUCAGAGAACUUCAAGAAGAGUUUCCAAAAUGUCCUGUGUCUUAAAAAUGUGGGAGGGCUGGACGAGGUUGAUCGAAGUGAUAGCCGACAGGACAAAUCUCGCAUGAUGAAUGACCCGACGGAGACCCAGAGUACUCUCCUCAAUGGGGACCUGCAGACAAGCAUCUGAGGGGCGGCUGAUUGGACUCAUGUACACACUCUCAGAAACAGUCAUCAGUUACCAAUCUCUCUAAGGUUUCAUCAGGAAGAACAUUAUUAAAUAUUAAACUUAUUAAAAAUCAACACAGAGGAAAAAUCAAAGGCAUGCCAAACUGCAGUGUCCCUCUUGAUGUAUUAUCAGGUUCUAAGCAAAUCUAUUAUAACAUAAUAACACAAAUUCAUAAAUGCUGUCUUUAGGCUGUGGAUGAAAUGCAUAUUUAAUCUCCUCAGUCCCGAGUGUAUUAACUCUGAAGUAACUAAACAGACGUCAACACCCAAUUGCAAAUGUGCCCAAUUAACCAGUGUAGUAGAGACCCAGCACUAUGUACAGAGUUUAUAGCAGAGAGGCUGUGCCAAGUUUACACAUUUUUGUAUUGGCUGAAAAUAACAAGAGAACAGUGUGCUCAAGAUAUUGUGUAACUGCAGAUUAUUUGCUUCUUUUCGGGAAGUAUUUUGACAGUAAACAAAAUAGAAACUGUAUUUAAAGAAAGUCAGAAAAUGUAUAUAAAUAUAUGAAUCUCUCAAUCCUGUCUUGUACAAAACAGCUGUAGAACAUAACGAAUGUCACUGCUGUUGUGUGUCGUUAUGUUCUGUAAAUAGCUACUUUUUUCUUAUUUUUGUGAGUGAUUUUCCUUGGAAGACAAAUGUAUCUCAUGUAAAUAUGAAUGUUCAGUAGGCCACCAAAUAUUUAGUCCUGUGUCACUUUUUCCCUGCAUUACACUAUGUACAUAUAUAAUUUAGGUCCCAUUAAAGGGUAUUGGCUUGACAGUUUAUCAAGCAAGCCUCUAACCAAAGUGCUGCUAAGAUGUAUAGACAUUUCGUAGGGUUGUAGUACCAUGGUGGUAUUAAAUAGAGCAAUGUUACCUUCCUGUUUUACUGGAUUUUUCACAACACUGCUUAUUAUUUAACGACAUCUACCAUAUAAUAAUCUUGCUGUCAUUGUUUGCAAAGUAAUAAUUACCAAUUAGCUUAAAUUUGGGGGAGCUGUUUCUAAAUGAUCAAGAAUGAAUCCAGAGUCUUUUUAUUAUGUUUUUUCCAAACCUGAAACCUGUUAAGAUAAUUUCUUAUUUAUAGUUAUUUUACUGCAAUUUUUUCUGUCCACCGGUUUCCCAGGAACUGCAGUGCGCAUCAAAGGGUACAGAUGACUUGAUCUAUAUCUUAAAUCAGUUCCUGUAUCUGGAGGCUGAGCUUCCACAUCACAUAUUAUUAGUUAACACUUUGUAUCCUUUGACUCUGACCCAUCGUCCCCCGUGGCGUCUUGGGGCUACAUUUUGAGUGUGGUUUCUAACACUUUGUGUCUGCGUGUUGUGAAUUUGUGAAGGGCUAGAACACUUAUCCUAAAGAGGCUGUGGUGUUCCUUUUUAAAUCGUCAUUGUGCUGCUCCAGGAGUCCACAGUUCCUUCUGGCAGCCCGUGACCUCUCUGUUCCUAUAGUCGGAUUACUAUCUUUGUGUUUAUGAAACAUUUAUAUUAGAUGUGGAGGUUUCUUCAAAAGCAUCAAAGCUACUGAUAGAUUUUAAUUAAUUCAUGAAGAAUCGUGACUGCCCAUGUGUUGAUGUGAACAUGUCAGCUAGCACUCUCUAGCAAACAAGAGGUAAAAUACGUGUUACUACUGCCUUAAGCAUGCCGAGUUCAAUAUGUACUUCUUUGUGUGAGUGUUUACAUGAUAUGCAGAAGUGCACACACACACACACUUAGUCACACCCCAUCCAUAACUAACCAAAUUCCAUAUCCAGCCUGGCACUCUCUCUGCACUAUUGCUGCAUAUGUUAACAGGAUUGUAACUUCUUAUUAGCAUUGAAAGACAUGGAGCACCUCUAGUGUCCUAUAUUUCUAUAGCAACAGUGACCAGUUGGUAUUGGUUGCAUAGAAACAUUUAUAGCAGGACAAUAAUAGAGAGAUGACUCCAGGAAUACAUUAUGACUAGAUGUUGCUCAGAAGACUGAAGAAGAAGAAAAAAACUCACCAUCUCUGAGCUAUGAAACCAAACACAUCAGAUAUACAUGUGAAAGCUUAUAGUCUGUAUUAGUAUGUGUGAGCAAAAUAAACACCUUGCAUUAAGUAUCAUGGUAGCAGAUAUCAAGGGAGAGCUGUGUUACUGCUGUUUAUUAAUGCUGAUUUCUUAAAAUCCAUUUUUUCCUUUAAAAUAUCUGAAUUGGUUACAUUGCCUGUUCUAUUGGUGUUUUAUUUCACUUUUCUUUGUUUUGUGAAUGUUACCAUUCCUGUAUUUUGGGAUAUAUAUGUUCUCCCAGCUCCUGUUUAGUUAAAUUAAAGUGAAAUAGUUAUCUAAUGAGAUGAGAUGAGAUUGUGUAUAGUUGUGUUGAAACUAAAUAAAGAAUAUGUU